AUGGUAUCAGUGCAGACCAACAUGCAGAUCCACGAUGAGCUUGCAGCGCUCUUCUCGCGGAACAUGACAUUCAAUCCGGAGGCGGUUCCUAAGGAGAUGCCCCAGGAAAUGGUUGUCACCGAGCAGGCCAAUCAACCCAUCAUCUACUCCAUAUCACAGCACUACAACCACUCUGCACACAUCGCCAAGCCGCAAUUCCCGGCUCAAGACGCUCAUAGGCGCUCCUCGGAACCCCCACAGAGCGAGGUUGUUUCCUCAGAGACGAUCUUGCGAACACAUGGCGUUAAUCCUGCCGCACUGACGCCUUCUCAACUGCAACUUUUCCGCAUAGCCGAUGCCGGCCAGAAGAGACGCCUGGUCGAGCUAUGGAGCAUUUGCCCUCCGGAUAAUGGCGGAAACGUCCCAGCUCUUGCAUGGAGCAGCACAACGAUGGAGCAGGAGGAGCAACUGGCUCAACUCCGCUACCAGCAACAGCAGCACAACCACGCCAUGAGCUUGGAUGGCACGACGGUGCAGACAUCAAACGGCACAUGGGUUCACCAAGCAAGCCAGGAGAGCGAGCCUUACAUGAUGUCCGGAUACGAGGAGAUUAUGCGACGAGAGCGAGAGCGUGAGGAGGCCAACGCUCGCCCUAAGGAUGCCUACAGCACCUUUGGCACCUCCAUCGGCGGCCCAAGCUACACACCCGCGACAGAUCCCGUCUAUCUUGGCGCUGACUAUGCUCGACAUCAACUGCAGAUGGCAUUGGCUGAGCAAUACGGCUCGUUUGAACAACACCGGAGUCAGGCAGUGGACGUUAUGGAUAUGUAAUUAUAGCGGCUGCAAUAUAGCAAAAGCGUCGUCAUGGCCUGUUGGCGGCCGAAGGCGCGGCUUGGUUGUCGCGAG